CGGCGCUUCCCAGUCUUGUUCGAUCGUGUCCCCUGACCAAAUAAAGCCACGCCCCUGGUAUGGCUACGUAACGCACGGACUGCGGACUCCAAUCAUGCAACAUGUAUGCUUGUGGAGUUUUGUUCGUGCAAUAUAGAAUUUCCACAACAGCUGAAUUUCGCCCAGCAUUUCCACAACAGCUCAACCAGAGAGGGUGGACAUGGAUCACCAGCAUGGGCGUUCGCAGAGAUGGGCGUGCCCAAGGGUGAUCGACAUCAAUGCUUUCUUACAUGUUGGUGUCGUAUUUUCUUCAUUCGUCUUGUUUCAUCGGCAGCCCUCUGCACAUUACAGCUAUUGGGGCGCCACGGCGAGUGUGCACCGACUGUCGGCAUCUCUGUCCACUUGCGUGGAGCCAGAGGCCUAAACGGCAUCGGCGACGAGGGUGCGAAGAGCUUGGCGGAGGCACUGCGCGGCAACUUCUGCACCGUGACCGCUCUGAACCUCAGCCACAACGACAUUAGGGACUCGCGGAGAGGGGAACGGGCCAGGCGUUCGCGUCCGCUGGGUGCCCCGUCGCCGACGUGGACCUGACCGACAACGGCGUCGGCGACGAGGGAGCUCAGAUCAUUGCCCGCGCAAUCAAACUGGACCGAUGCUCUCUUUCAGUCUACAUCCGCCGCGGUCCGACAGCGGCGAUGACGAAGAUGAGGGUGAAGAUGAUGGAGCGAAAGGGAACGACAUUGACGGGGCGCGUCAAGCAUACUAGAGGUUGGUGUUGUAGAACGUAGCAUGUAAUCAGGUUGGUUUCUGCUGCUCGCCAUAUCGGAGAAAUCUUACACCAUCACUGGCUCACCAGCCACGGGUGACGCCCGGUCCAUUCACUGCGGAGACAGUAGGUCGGCUUCGCAAAGGCGCGACCCUUCGUUGGACGGACCUUUGAGUGGGGGCCUCCAGGGGCACCCUCAGCAUUGGCUCGCGCUCUUGGGUUAUGGCCCCCGCGGUCCCCUGACGCCGCGCACCAAAAGUCUCUCUUGCCUACGGUCACCCUUUGCGUGUAGCCGACUAUGGGGGGAGGCGUUGUUUUGGAAGCUGCCCCCAGCGGGCUGGUGGCUAUCCUGGCGGCCCGAUGCCCCUCUUGGGGCUGUCUGAAGUGUCGUGGCGUCCUCUCGGGCCUUUCUCAGCCCGCCUGACCCUGCGUGGGGGCUCCCACGCUUUCCCACGGUCUCGCGAGCUCCUCCCCCAGUGGCGUAAUUGGUACCCCGAAUGGUCAGCAGAGUCCACCCCGUCAGGCCAGUCGUCCCGUCUGCUCUGCAAGGCCAUCGGCUCGCUCGUGCUGGCACGUGCUGUUGCGUGUCUGCUGGCCCUGUGCGCGUCCAACAGGACAAGUUCAUGGACGAACAGCGUUCAGGAGGGAAAAGCACACAGACACAGUUAAUCGUCGAUUCCCCGUAGAAUAUUGGAAAUGUGGGGGAAGACGAACAUCCAAC